AUGCAUGAUCAAGUACAUUUAACAAUAGUUACUAGCUUAAGUAUAAUUAUUACAUUUGUUCUUCAUUGCACUAUGAUUGAUAUACCCGUGAGACAAACUUAUUUACAAGUUAUUUUGAUUGAUUUUUUACGUGAUUUGGGUUUAACAAUUCGUUGUUUGUAUAAUCAAGGAAUAAAUAAUAUAACAUUAAUAGAUAUUUUGAUGUGUUUACAUCAUCGAGGCCGUUUUUAUCAUCCAAGUUUGACAGAUCAAGAAAUUACUCCAAGAAAAAAGUGUCAAUCAGGGACCUAUUAUAUUGACGGCAUUGAUAAAUGGAAAACAAGUCCAGCACUGGGUCUUGGAGACUUUUUUACCUACAAUAUUUUGAUCUUAUUAGCUCUUCCACCAUCUUCGUCGAUAAUAAUAAAAAUAUAUGUGACAUUGGGAUCCAUAGUUAGUGUCCAAAUCGGUCGUUUACUUACAUUUUUGUUACGUCGGCUAACGAAAACAAUGCAAAUUUCAAUCAAUAUAUAG